UUCCAGUGGAACAGCAUGACCAUACGUCCGUUCUAUUUUCAUGCUAUCCUAUUUUUACCGAUGGAUAGCCACUUGACGAUUAAACGUAGAGUGGAAGGGAGGGCUUGGCUACUGGUAAAUAAAUAUCCCGCUAACAGAAGACCUCUCUUUAGUUGCUUCAAACAAUCGGUCCAGUGGUGACGUUGGACAGACGCUUAUCACGAGUUAUCGAAAUGAAAAAUGUUGAAUUUUUUAUUUUUAAAAUAACCCUGACCGAUUCAUACCGUAUAUUCGUGAAUGUGUAAACAAUCGUGCUGGCUCGAUGCCAAUCGUCUUCACAUUGAAGACUUUUUUCCAUUUACUCCGCACAUGAAAGUUGCCCGCGGCAUUUUUGCGGUAUUGAAGGAACACGUUUCAUACGCUUUCGUCGAACGUUUAGUCUUUCUCGGUCCAUGAGAUGUGCGAGAAGUUCAUCGGCUUGUUACAAUUUGGUGGAAUAAAAAGCUAGCUAAUUGAAAAUUCUCACUAUAAUUAUUCAACCGAACGUCCAAACUUGAAAAAUCCAUGAAAAUGGUGGAUUCACACGCUGUGUUAUCAGUGCUGGUGUUGCUGGCGACAAGCAUAUCGGGAAUCAGUGGAAAUUGUGAACUGACAUCAACGGUCGAGGUGGAGUAUUCCUGCAAUGGGGGUGACAUCUCUGACCUCAAGAUAUUACAGGAGAGCGUAGUAAUACUGGAAAUAUCAGACAUGAAAGUUCCAACACUCACUGCCGACGCGCUGAAACGUUUUACCCAACUGCAAAUGUUCACUUGUUCAAAUUGCAGUAUUCGAGAUAUUGAGCCUGGUGCUUUUCAGAACAAUCCUCAGCUGGAACAGCUGACAUUAAGAAACAAUCGUCUGACCAGCGUGAAAGCGGAUUGGUUUCAGGGUCCAAAGUACCUCACGUAUUUGGAUCUCACCCACAACAAUAUCACCGACAUCGAUUCCGAUGUCUACAAACAUAUCCAAGACCUGGUGGAGCUCCGACUCUCGGGAAACCCUAUCGAGUGCCUCGACACGGAUGCUAUGUCGGUUUUGAAGUCGCUGACGGUAUUCCUCAUGGACCAAGUGUCCACGUUUAAAUGCCCGCGGCACCUGGGCGACUUCCUUAAGAAACACAGUAUCACCGCCGAAACGGAUGAAACUUGGAACAAAAUCCAGGUUUCUGAAAAAGAUGAAAAUAACAGUUUCGAAAAGGCAGUAGUGGCCGCACGAUUUCGUCCCAUCACGCAAAGGCCGUUCGAACUUCGCACCACGGUGGAUAUCGACAUCGGCGAAGUUCUCACGACGAACAAGCUCUGGAGAGAAUCGCAGAAGUCGACUCCCAAGCCGCUUCCCGAAAUCCUGGCGAUACUCGCAACCACCGAAAAGUCCCAGCCCUCGACGUCGUCCGAGAUAAUCGAAGAGUCAAGAGUCGUCACCACGAGCCCCGAGCAGGAGCCAUGCAAUAUGGUGACAGCCACUUUAAUCUUGGAGUCGACCACGAAGGUGGUUCCAGUCCGCAAAGAAGAUGCAACCCCCGUAGUCCCGGCCACUUACACAUCCGCGAAUCUUCCGGAGGUCCAUCAUCCCCCUGCGUCACCGGUGCCCACGGUUAUCAUGCCUCCAGCAAACGCGACGAGCGGCGAACCGAUAAGGGAUGAAAGCCUCCAGUUCGCCUCUGCGAUACCACCCCCGUACAGCAGCGGCGCCGAUUCUCUACCGGGUGAACAAAACGAGCUAGUCAAUCCAACAACGGCCAGACAAACCGUCCCUGAAGUUGAAACUGACAAACCGUUACCCCCGUGCAACGAUGCCGGACAAGGGUUGAGGAACGCCGGGAGAUACGCGAUCGGGAUCUUCGUCGUUGUGUUUUGCUUAGGUUCAAUGUGAGGUUGAAGUUUGGCGUUUUAUGGUACCGAAGACAGAGCGGCGAAUUUAUGACUGUGCGCUUACUUAUUAGUUUUCAACGAGUUAAAUUUAAUUAUGACUUCAGCCGAGUAUAAUCGACUCGUUUCGAUAUCUGACGCGUGGUGUUCUUUCCACAAUAGUUUUUCUCUCGCUUUAUCAAAUUAGUCGCAUCGAUCGAGAUGCUUAAGAAAAUCAAGUUGAUAAUGUAAUUGCAACGACACUUAAUGGAAUGACGAGAGAAUAUUAAUUUGAAAUACCAUUUAUAAUUUAUAACUUAUCGACAAUAUGAACCAUGCAUUUAUAUUAUUAUAUAUACAUAUACUUUAUCUUUAUGUCUAGUUGUAGAGUUGAUUAAGUAAGGUGUUAAAUGCCAAACGGCGUUCAAUCGAUAGUUUAACAUUUAAAUAGUAAUUAUAAGUUUAUUAUGCCGUUAUUCAGGAAGUGCUUUACACAGUUCAUAAAAAAACAGACACAUUUCAUUUACGGAAUUAUUAUUAUUGAAUAAAAUCAGUACAAAAAUGUUGGUGAAUAAUGCGCCGUGUUGAUUGUUACGAAACAACAAAAUGGUAUAGGUAUAAAUAAUCGCUCUGCAGAUAAAAUUGUCUCGUAAAUGUUUUGUUCUCUCCUUUUCGUUGUGAAAUAUCUACUCCUACCGAUAAACCGAAAAUCGUGACCGCAUACAUAUAAAAAGCUCUGCAUGCUAUUCUUACACGUGUGUGCAGAUCGACCUGGUUUUAAAGAACAAGCGAAUAAAUGAGUACCAUUGA